ACUUGGCUGUGCCUGGAGAACAAUGAGGCGGGCAUCACCGCGACGAGAAAAACCCCGAAGUUUCUUUGGAGGGCUCCUCCGUGGCCACCCUUAAACUGCCCGAGGGAGUGAGUGUAACGAGCGGGUACCUCUGCGUGUAACACCGGGGUGGUGCGACCGGGUGGCGGUGCUCGCCUUGGCUCGACAAGCUUCGCUGAAUUUCCCUAAAAACAAAAACAAAUUGACCUGCACGCGGCAGUAGUUCGGGCAAAUUAAAACCCCCUCACCCCCCCUCCGUUGCUUCGUCUCCCGGCACUCCUCCUCUCUCCCCCCUCCUCCUCCGGCUCCUGAUGUCAAACCAUUUUGCAUACCAACUUCCGCCCCGCUCGGCUUCCCUUCCUACUGGUCUGCAUCAGCCGGUGAGCAGCUGAUAUGACAGGAGGGGGAUACUGAUCACGCCGAGCCAUGAGAAGCUGACUUAAAAACUUCAUUUGGAAAGUAGGCGGAUGUCGUGUGCGACAGAUACCGGUCGGAGAAGGACUAAGGGACAGGAAACGGAGCAAGAAGAAGCGCAUAUAUAUUUAUAUUUACAUCUAAUAUUUUUACUUGAUGCAGUGGGAUUUGCUGCUUUCGUGUGAAGAGGCGGACCUACGAGACACUGCGAGUUCAAUAUGCUGAGGCUGUCCCCGGUGUUUGUAUACUAUACGUGGAAGUACAUAGACUAUUUUCUUCCAACUCACUGCUCCACGUAAGGAUUUAACAGAGCACUUGGUAUUAACUGUAGCUCCCGGAUAUCCUCGGCUGCUACCAUUUUUUGAGUCUGGUUUUGUUUUGGAUAGGGAAUUCCUACACAUAGGCUGCAUGUGCUUCCCUCUAAUACACAACCUGGUCGUGUUUGGUAGCUAACACAUAUACAUACAUAAAUAUAUAUUUUUGAAUCCAUAGAUUUGGAUAUGGGGUUCUCGUUUGUCCUGCCUCCCAGCAGACACCCCUCUGAAACAGCCAGUAAAGCCAUUAGAGGCUAUUAAAGUGAUUUCUUUUUUUUUCUUUUUUAAAAGAAGGGCUUCUUUCAGGGUAGUUUGGCGAACAAUGAACUAUUAUUUCGUGGGCUUUUUCCACGCUCCUGUGAGGUUUUGUGCCGGCAGUCAGUGACUGGCUCCUGUUUUUAGCUGUUAGCCUGUAGUCCACUGCAGGAUUAUUAUAAUUAUUGUUAUCUUUUGAAGUUAAGGUGCCUCUUUUUGUCGUGACACCACAUAUUUUCCGCUUUAAAAAAGACUAGAUUUUUUAUUUUUACUGUUUUGGGUUUUUUUUUUUAAAUCGUUGGCUGUGUUCACCAGUCUGUCUUUUUUUUUUUUCUGGGGUAUUCCCCCCACCACCACCUGUGAUUUAAAUCUCCAUCUACACUGUCAGUCCCACGGAUUACUAGAUUUUCACCUCAUUUCCACAAUGAGUUACAUCCACAGGGUAGUGAAUGUAUUGCUACGUGGACUCGUCAUCUAUGCGGUACUCGGCUUGGAGUGCUCUUACUCGAAUGAUCUACCCAGCCGCUCGUCUGAUGCUCAAAACGUAGCCACCACAGACCCCUGUCUCAUAGUGAUGCCGCCAUGCAUGGGCGAGGCCGACCGCUUCAGUUUGGAGGCGUUGCGGCACAUCCACAAACAGCUGGACGAUGACAACGACGGGGGGAUAGAGGUCAACGAGAGCGUGGAGUUCAUAAUAGAAGAUAUGAAGCAGCAGCAAACCAACAAACACAGCAACCUGCACCGUGAAGACCAGCACAUCACUGUGGAGGAGCUGUGGAGGGGCUGGAAAACCUCUGAAGUCCACAACUGGACCAUGGAGGACACGGUGCGGUGGCUGAAGGAGUCGGUGGAGCUACCGCAGUAUGAGAAGAACUUCCGAGACUUUCGGGUUACGGGGAACACUUUACCUCGAAUAGCGGCAAAUGAACCGUCGUUUAUGUCGAUGCAGCUGAAGAUAUUAGACCAGCGGCAUAAACAAAAACUAAACCUAAAGGCGCUCGAUGCAGUGCUGUUCGGCCCCCCGCUACGUCCGCAACAUAACUGGAUGAAAGACUUCGUCCUGAUGGUGUCCAUUGUGAUCGGUGUCGGGGGCUGCUGGUUUGCUUACGUGCAGAACAAGUCCAGCAAGGUGCACAUCUCACAGAUGAUGAAGGAUCUGGAGAGCUUGCAACAUGCUGAGCAAAGCUUGUUAGACCUGCAGAGUCGGCUCGAAAAGGCUCAAGAAGAGAACCGGACAGUUGCUGUGGAGAAGCAGAACCUCGAGCUGAAGAUGAGGGAUGAGAUUGACGGGGCCAAAAAGGAGGCUCACAGGCUCCGAGAGCUGCGAGAGGGCGCCGAAUGUGAGCUGAGCCGGCUCAAAUAUGCCGAGGAGGAGCUUGUACAGGUACGGAAAGCUCUGAAGCGAGCGGAGAAGGAGAUGCAGUCGGAGCGCUCGGUGCCCGAAGCUCUUCAGAAGUGGCUCCAGCUCACGCACGAAGUGGAAGUUCAGUACUACAACAUCAAGAAGCAGAGCGCCGAAAAUCAGCUGUGCGUCGCCAAAGAAGAGGCAGAGAAAAUAAAAAAGAAGAGAGGUUCUGUGUUUGGGACUCUUCACGUAGCCCACAGCUCGUCACUGGAUGAGGUGGACCACAAGAUACUAGAAGCAAAAAAAGCCCUGUCGGAGGUAACGGCGUGCCUGAGGGAGCGGCUCCACCGCUGGCAGCAGAUCGAGAAGCUCUGCGGCUUCCCUGUUGUCAAUAAUUCGGGUCUGCCGAGCCUGACCGCCAGCCUCUACUCAGACCACAGCUGGGUGGUGAUGCCGCGAGUCUCGGUUCCCCCCUACCCCAUCGCGGGAGGAGUGGACGACCUGGACGAGGACACGCCUCCCAUCAUUCCACAGUUCACAGGGACUACGUUGAUUCGGCCCGCACUGACACGCAACAGCAGCAUGUGCCGUUCCCGCCGGAGCCUGCUGAGCUCCCCGCAGUCCUCGCUGAUGUCUGCAGACCCAGACCUGCUGUCCAUGGCGAGCUCGUCCCUCUCCUAUCGCCCCGAGGCAGACGACGACAUUAUCAUGUUUAACUCUGAGCGAAGGGGGGAGGCAUCUCAGGAGGGCAGCUCCGACACAGACUCUCUGAGCUCAGUGGGCCGCAAGUCGCUGCACAACCCCUGCUCAGCGGCCUCGGACAUCCCCUACCGCAAGAUCUCCCGCGAGGAGCUGCUGCUGUUCACCCAGACCGCAGAGCGCCCUGCAUCCACCACCUCCACCACCCACACCAGCAGCAGCAGCAGCAGUCUCAGGGACUCCACGCCUCCUCCUCUGCCUCCCACUCCGGCCACCACACCUUCAGGCCCGCCCUCCACCUCGCCUUCCCCGGCCUUGGAGCACCAUCAGUUUGCACAAAGAGGCUCGCCCGACCUCACCCGCAUCGUACCCGAGUCCCAGAGCGGACCACAGGGGAACGUGACCUCUCCGACGGGCAAGGGCAUGUACAACGGCAUCCUGGAGAAGUCCUACAGCUUCGGCCAGCUGCCGGCAAGCAUGCUACCUAAUGUGGGGCGCCACCCGUCUCUUACCUCCCUGGACCCGGAGGACCGGAGUCUGGGAAGGGAUUACAAGCUCCAGAGCACGUCCUCCCAGGACUCCUGCGACAACGGAGAGAAAAUCAGGCGCACGUCCUCUAAAAUCAAAAACAUAUUUAAAAAGAAAAAAUAAAACUUGAGUGUGUGUGUGUGUGUGUGUGUGUGUGUGAGAGAGAGAAAAUCAAAUCUUAAAAAGUUGUUUUAGCCCUAAUAUUAAAACAAUGGACGUCACUGUAAGCUAAAGCAUUUCAUUUUCUCUCUUAAGUUCUUCUUUUUGUCAUCAAAGAUGGAAUGUAGCUCAGUCUGGGUGCCUUUAAACGCCUCCCCAGGCUGAUAGCCUUAUUUUUCAACAAUGCCUUUUUAUUUAGUCACUCACAGGGAAACCUGCAAAAGGUCAAGUCAGCGAAAAGGUCAAAGGUCAUACUUGUUCACCGUCUUCUCUUAAUUUUAUCCCGAGUUUGAACCAAAAAGCCACUCAUGUCAAAGGAUGUAAAAGGUGCAGUCUGUGUAUGUUUAGCACAUGUUGAGCACAGAGAGAGAGAAGGGAGGGGGGGCUCGCGGUUCCUACUGGGACGCUCGCUUUCAGUGGUGACAGCGGCACACGAGCACGUCCAUUAAAUCAAAAGGUUGUACAAACCAUUUUUUGGCCGAUUCCUUUCUCACACGCCCCUUUCCGAUCAAAUGAUGUAUUGCAUCUUGCAAAGUGUUUGCAUCCUAAACAUGUGUACUUGACUAAUUUCCUUUGAUGGGGGGAAAAACAAAAAAAAAAUCCUGCUAAAAGUUUGUUGCACUACUGCUUUCCUGCUGUUCUGGGAAACAGCCGCUGCUCGCGGAGGACAUUUGGAAAUCGACACACAGAGAUGAGAAGAAUGCACGGGCAGCUGCACCGAGGAUGCAACACAUAAUGCCAGAGCCAAAAUUAUGUGAUCGGUCCCAGUGCCACUGUUUAUGCUCGUCUCCGUAUAUAAAUAUAUAUAUAUGCGUACUUUGUUUUCACUUUAUUAUGUUCUUACAAAUGUUUUUAAAUGGAUUAAAAACGGUGGGAAUGGC